GUUUUAUUUUUAAAUUUUGAGGAGAGUGUGUCGCGCUGGAGAGUUGUCACCGGCUCUGUCGACGUUUUUUUUUCCACAAAAAAUCUUCCUGAACCACGUCCCCAGCUCUUUUAUAAAACUGAGGGAGGGAAUAAAAAGUUCCUUUUUGAUUUCCGAGCUGGUGCUUGAAGCUUUCUCCUGUCAGCAACAUGUCCGAGUCCAAUGUGAAGGUGGCCGUGAGGAUUCGCCCCCUCAACAGAAGAGAGAUUGAUUUGAACACAAAAUGUAUUAUAGAUGUUGAAGGCAAUCAGACCAUUCUAAGUCCGGCUAAUGCCAAUCUCGGUAAAGGCGAUGCCAGGAGCCAGCCAAAGGUUUUUGCAUAUGAUCACUGCUUUUGGUCAAUGGAUGAGUCCGUUAAGGAGAAGUAUGCAGGUCAAGACAUAGUGUUCAAAUGUCUUGGUGAAAAUUUGCUGCAAAAUGCAUUUCAAGGAUACAAUGCUUGUAUAUUUGCUUAUGGACAGACUGGCUCAGGGAAAUCGUACACAAUGAUGGGUUCAAAGGACAAGCCAGGUUUGAUCCCCCGAUUAUGCAGCAAACUAUUUGAGCGAGCAUUGCAAGAGGCCAAUGAGGAACAAACUUUCACUGUUGAAGUGUCGUACAUGGAAAUCUACAACGAAAAGGUCCGUGACCUCCUUGAUCCAAAAGGGAGCCGACACACUUUGAAGGUGAGGGAACACAAAGUUUUAGGUCCAUAUGUGGAUGGUCUGUCCAAACUGGCUGUGACAAGCUACAAGGACAUUGAGUCUUUGAUGUCAGAAGGGAAUAAGUCUCGAACAGUUGCUGCAACGAACAUGAAUGAGGAGAGUAGUCGUUCCCAUGCAGUAUUCAACAUUAUCCUUACACACACACUAUAUGAUCUCCAAUCUGGGACUUCAGGUGAGAAGGUGAGUAAACUGAGCCUUGUGGACCUGGCAGGCAGUGAGAGGGCAGCAAAAUCUGGAGCUGCUGGAGAUCGAUUAAAGGAAGGAAGCAACAUUAACAAAUCUUUAACAACACUAGGCCUAGUAAUUUCUGCUUUGGCAGAUCAGGCUGCUGGUAAAAACAAGAACAAGUUCGUUCCUUACAGAGACUCUGUACUGACUUGGCUACUCAAGGAUAGUCUUGGUGGAAAUAGCAAAACAGCAAUGAUCGCAACAGUGAGCCCGGCAGCGGACAAUUAUGAUGAAACCCUGUCAACACUGAGGUAUGCAGACAGAGCCAAAAACAUAAUUAAUCAUGCUGUGGUGAACGAGGAUCCCAAUGCCCGAAUCAUCCGUGAACUCCGUGAAGAAGUAGAUAAACUGCGUGAGCAGCUGUCCAGAGCAGAGGCAAUGAAAGCCCCAGAGCUGAAGGAUCGUUUGGAAGAAUCUGAAAAGCUAAUUCAGGAAAUGACUGUUACGUGGGAAGAAAAACUUAGGAAGACUGAAGCCAUCGCACAGGAGCGUCAGAAACAAUUGGAAAGACUUGGUAUUUCUCUCCAGUCCUCGGGGAUCAAAGUUGGUGAUGACAAGUGUUUCUUGGUGAAUCUGAAUGCAGAUCCAGCCUUAAAUGAGUUGCUUGUUUACUACUUAAAGAACCACACUCUAGUUGGGUCUGAUGAUUCCCAGGAUAUCCAACUGUGUGGCAUGGGAAUAUUGCCGGAACACUGUAUCAUUGAUAUCUCUCCUGAAAGACGAGUCAUUCUCACACCAAAGCAAAACUCCAGAACAUUUGUGAAUGGCUCCCUGUUGACCACCCCUGUGCAGCUUCACCACGGUGAUCGAAUCCUUUGGGGAAACAACCAUUUCUUCAGAAUUAAUCUGCCAAAAGCCAAGCAGAAAAGAACACAGGAAGAGGACGGGCAGGAGAGUCCAAUGAAGCUAAGUUACAGCAGUGAGCAACUAGAUGGAGAUGGGGACAGUGCCAGUGAGGGCUCCAGUGAAAGCAAUUACAGCUAUGAGUUUGCACAGAUGGAGGUCACUAUGAAGGCGCUUGGAAAUAACGAUGCAAUGCAGUCGGUGCUGCAGAGGUUGGAACGUCAACAUGAGGAAGAGAAGCGCUUUGCACUCGAACAGCAGCGCCUAAUGUACGAGCGGGAACUGGAGCAGUUACGUAGGCGUUUGUCUCCAGAGAAACAUUACCGUAGCAUGGAGCGCCUUUCAUUCGGCUCCCCUAGUACUCAACAGCGGCUACGUCAGUGGACAGAAGAGAGAGAAGCAAUGCUCAAUGUCAGUCUCCUGAAGUUGCAAGAACAGAUUGCCAAGGCAAAUCAUUAUGUACAUGAAGCAAAUUAUAUCGCUGAAGAGAUGGAAAAGAAGACAGAGUAUCAAGUGACUCUACAGAUUCCAGCAUCCAGCCUAGAUGCUAACCGAAAGCGUGAUUCCGUUCUCAGUGAACCAGCCAUUCAGGUACGAAGGAAAGGUAAAGGCAAACAGAUCUGGUCAUUGGAGAAACUGGAAAACCGAUUAAUUGAUAUGCGUGAACUUUACCAGGAGUGGAAAGACUGUGAUGAGGAUAAUCCUAUGAUGAGAUCCUAUUUCAAGCGAGCUGACCCGUUCUUUGACGAACAAGAAAAUCAUAGCCUUAUUGGGGUUGCAAAUGUAUUUUUGGAAUUGCUCUUUUACGAUGUUAAAUUGCAGUAUGCAGUACCCAUCAUUAACCAGAAGGGAGAGGUGGCAGGCCGCCUGCAUGUGGAAGUGAUGCGAACAAGCGGGGAUCUUAGUGAUCGAAUUGCUGGCGGGGACGAUACUUUGGACAGUCCAAACGAAAGUGACGUGCAGGAGAGAGAAACAGUGCGCAAAAUAGUCUGCAGAAUAAAAAUUCUUCAAGCGACAGGGCUGCCUCGACACCUGUCAAACUUUGUUUUCUGCCAAUAUACCUUCUGGGAUCAGACUGAACCGAUCAUUGUUGCACCAGAGGUGGAUCCUUCCUCCUUAACCCCACCUGGCAAGGAUCCUGAAUGCAUGGUUGUUUUUGAUCACUGUAAGGAAUUCUCACUCAUCCUUUCUGAAGAUCUGUUGGAAUAUCUGUCAGAAGGAGCACUGGCAUUUCAAGUUUAUGGUCAUAAAUCACGUGACUCUCGGAAAAAUCCCUCAAUAUGGGACCUGGGAAUAAUACAAGCCAAAACCCGAUCGCUACGGGAUAGGUGGAGCGAAGUGAUGCGAAAGUUGGAACUCUGGAUCCAAAUAUUGGAACUGAAUGAAAAUGGAGAGUAUGUUCCUGUGGAGGUGACCUUCUCAAAAGAUGUUUCCACCGGUGGCAUCUUUCAGCUACGGCAGGGUCAAUCUCGACGUAUUCAAGUUGAAGUGAGGUCAGUCCAAGAUUCUGGGACGUUGCCUUUAAUUGCUGAAACAGUUCUAUCUAUUGCUGUGGGAUGUGUCAAAACCAGACCUGCUAGAAACCAGAAAUAUCCAGAUGCUCACAUGGAAGAGGAGGAUGACAUGGACAGUUACCAGGAGAGGGAUUUAGAGAAGCUACGUCGGAAAUGGUUAAGUGCGUUGACCAAGCGGCAGGAAUACCUUGACAAGCAGCUACAGAAACUUGCUAGCAAAUCCAAUAAAUCUGAAGAUGAUGCAGACCGAGAGGCGCAGUUGCUGGAACGAAGAUUAACUCUAACUGAGGAGAGGAAUGCUGUCAUGGUCCCGUCAGCAGGAAGUGGAAUCCCAGGUUCCCCAGCAAAAUGGAGCCCAGUGGCUGGAAUGGAAACACAUGUUCCUGUUGUUUUCCUUGAUCUAAACGCUGAUGACUUCAGCUCCCGUGAAGAUCUGGACGGGCCCGAACCUGGUGCACUGGAUGCCAGCCUUACUGAUGAAGAUGAUGAUGACAUUUUUGAACUUCAGAUUGCAAAGCAUCACGAGCCAGAGGUGAAAGCAGAGGCUUCCUGGGAUUCCAACAUUCAUAACUGCCCAUCCUUGAGCAAAGGCACUCCAGCUGAUGAGCGUGUUUUCCUCAUUGUGAAGGCUGUGGUGCAGCUCAGCCACCCUGCUGAGAUGCAGCUCGUGUUACGCAAGCGCAUCUGUGUGAACGUUUACAGCCGGCAGGGUUUCGCACAAAAUUUCCUGAGACGAAUGUCCCACAAAAGUACAGUUAAUGCAUGUGGAGUGACCUUUGAGAUCGUCUCCAAUAUUCCAGAGGAUGCUCAAGCGUCUGAAGACCGUGAAACACUGGCACGAAUGGCAGCAGAGUUAGAAACUGCAGAAUCUGCCGAGAAAGAAGCAUACAUUGAAAAAUAUCUCCGUAGUGUAUUGGCAGUGGAAAAUAUCCUCACCCUAGAUCGUCUGCGUCAGGAAGUUGCAGUUAAAGAACAAUUAAAUACAAAGCGUAAACUGACCAGAAGGUGCAUCAGCUCUCCAAACGUCAACCGGUUAUCUGGAAGCCGUCAUGACCUCAAUGCAAGAUCCAGCCUUGAACGCAACAAGAGUCGAUGGGAGAGUCAGCAGGACAUUUCGACAGCUGCGCUGCAGUCCAACAAGAAGACUCCUCCAUACCGAUCCCCAGCGUCUAGGCAUUCCAUGCCACAAGAUGCAGACUCAUUCUCAGCACUAGCAGCCUCUUAUUUGAAUCCAGUGAAGGCCUUUGUACCUCAGAUGCCCAAACUUCUCAAAUCACUUUUCCCUGUACGUGAUGAAGAGAAGAGAAGAUCUGUCCCUGUACCGAAUCAACAGUCUGUUCCUCGAAUUGUGGUGCAGUCUGCUAAAUUUGAAGAUACUUUUGAACAGAAUCAAGUCGCUCAACAAGACAAAGUCUCUUCUGCUCCAGUGAUCAUGACAAAACCCACCCACCCCGUAGCCAUAGCCUCAGGCACUCCAAAUGCUCCGUCAAAGAUCGAUUCAGUGGACACAGCUGGUCAUGAAUCCCAAGGAGACCCUCAAAGUCCUUCAAGUGAGGCUUCAAGUGGGUAUUUCUCCCAUAGCGUUUCCACAGCAACACUUUCGGAAACCGCUAUGGUGUCAAGUGGCGAUGUUGGCGUACCUCCACCAGGUUGGGUCACUACAGACAGGGACACUUGUGCCCAGCUACAAAGUCAAAGGACAGCCACUAGUGAGGGUUUAGCACAACUGAAUGCUGAUAUUAAAUCAGAUUCCGGCUUUGCUGGACAUGUGGCGAAUGGAUCUCUGGGCAUGCAGCAUCAAAUCACUCAAGUAACAGGUGGUGCGCCACUGAUAUCCUGCGAAGGUCAAUUCCAACUGCAAAGCCAAAUCAAGGAUAUGGGAAAGGAUUGUGGAAGAAUUCAAAAUCGAUCAGUAAGUCCGGAGGUAACAGCAGAAUCUGCACAUGAGACAAUGGUGGCAGAGCCCAUGGAAAUACCUGCAUCAGUUGAGACGAAAAAUAGCUUCUCUACUUCUCAGACAACCAAAACACCAUUGGACAAAACAGUUAGUCCCGAUGUGACCAACCAGAAGGUCACCCUGCAUUCUCUCCAAAUCGAUGAGCUGGAGGACUUGUUACCGGUACAGAAGUCAACCUCAGCGCUAACUGUCUCAAAGUCUGAGCCUAAAUCUGAUGCAGCACAGACCAUAACCACAGCAUCUAACCCCUUCAGAAUACAAAAGGUGAGGACGUCCGAAUUGAAGUCGUUCACAGGCAUCUUGGGGGAUGAAACCACUUGGCAAGAUUCUGAAGAUAUUCUUGAAGAUAAAGAAGUGCAGUGGUCAACAGAGGAAUGGGACUCUGGGGCCUCUGGCCCAGCUGCAGGUCAUGUACCAGAGCCAUGUGACGAUUCUGAGAGCUCUGUGCCUGCAAGUACAAGGUAUGAUGAUGACCCUGAAUUAUCAAGUGAGAAACUUGAAAUCAUUUCAGAUUCUGAGGAAGCUGUUGACACCAUUCCUGAGUGGCUAAAAGAAGGGGAGUACGUCUCAGUUGGUACUAACAAGACUGGUACAGUCAGGUAUAUAGGAUCGACAGAAUUUGCUGAUGGAAUUUGGAUUGGAAUUGAGCUGAAUGUACCAGCAGGAAAGAAUGACGGUUCAGUCGGUGGAAAGCAGUAUUUCCGAUGUAAUCCAGGCUACGGAGUAUUAGUUAGGCCAAACAGAGUUGCAAAAGCCACUGGCUCAGUGAAACGGCGUAGCACCGGCCUCCGGACUCAGUUGGCUGCAAAUUCGGAGAAUCGGAGGAGCGGGAACUUUUCCAAAUCUAACCCAAACUUGUCAGCUCUCACUGCAAUGGCCAAAUCUGAAGGAGGAACAGGACUCCGAUCAGGUGACAGGACUCCAAGGAAGAGUGAGCAUAGGAAAUCCUGGUCUGCUUCUGCUGAGCAAAAACCUUCAUGAGAAAUCGGCCAGUGCAUAAUGUUUAGACCUAACUGGUAAGGCUUUGGAACUGGACAUCCAUGGCAAACUUCUUUUUAAACUGAUUCCGCGGUGCCUUUUGAGAAUUAACUUGCCUGUCCCAAGGAGAACCAUCCACUGGCCUAUCCUGGAACUCUGUUAAUUAAUUAUCUUUCUUCUACCUGCCAUGUUCACUUAUCUUCCAACAGUAACAUUUCAUUUUCCUCCUUCAAAGUAGGUGAUAAUCAAAUGAUCUGAAAAUGGCUUGUGAACUACUGGACAGAUGCUGUAAAAAAAAUUAUUUAUGAUUCACGUGAGGGCUUUUAGAUUGUCAAAGUUUGACUUCACAGUUCUACUGUGCUGAGCUGCCUGCAGUCCUUCUCGUUGCGAGAUGAUUGUGUCCAUGCCCUCUUUCACAACAGUGGAAUCAAACAUUGUCAUAAGCACCUCUUUGAACCUGCUCAAAGAAUAUCCAAACACUUGAGUAUUAAUUUCCUGCCCCUAUGUCUUUGUUGUAGUACUUAAGUUUUCACCUUGAAUCAGGUCUGAUUUUAGCUCUGGGGUGAUUUUGAGCAGAACAGAGAGUUCAAAGUUUUUUCCAUGCCAUAUUGAGGGAAUAGUCCCAUUUCUUCACUACUGUUAGGCCUCGAAAGUUUGCUGAUAUACCAAGUGUGGGAGAAUACAGCAACAACUCAGCAAAACCGGUAAUACUUAACUGGGCGAAGACCCAAUUAAGAUGUCAGUAAGGGAAUGUACAGUUUGCUAUAAUGGUCAGGAUACCACCAGCGUGCUUCUACUGGUGGAAGCUCCGCCUAUUAGAAUCCAGGAAUCUUUUUUCCCACCAGUAAUGGUGGAAAUUUAAGUGCUGUCCCUAUGCAAUGCAAGCAAUGUAUUUGAACUGGUCUGUUGGGAUUGUGAGGAAUAUUAGGGUGGCAUGGUGGCUCAGUGGUUAGCACUGCUGCCUCACAGCACCAGGGUCCUGUGUUAGCACUCGGGCAACUGUCUGUGUGUGGAGUUUGCACAUUCUUCCAAUGUCUGCGUGGGUUUCCUCUGGUUACUCCAAUUUCCUCCCACAGUCCAAAGAUGUGUGGGUCAGAUGAAUUGGCCAUGCUAAAUUGCCCAUAGUGUUAGGUGCAUUCGUCAGAGGGAAAUGGGUCUGGGUGGAUUACUCUUCAGAGGGACGGUGUGGGCAGGUUGGGCCUAAGGGCCUGUUCCCAUGCUGUAGGGAAUCUAAUCUAACCUUAAAAAAAAUUUUGAAGUAUUCAGUGGUUUAAAUGGGUAGACUGCAAACAGGUGGGAAAGAUGGGAUUUCCAAUUACUUGACUGUUAUCAAAUCUCAGAAUCAUGUUUGACUGUACAUUUGGCAGUAUGGAUUAGAAUAGCAGAUGUGGAACAACAAAACAAGAUUUCAAAGAGAAAGCUCUGCCUCACCAGACCAUUUCUACUGUGGUGAUUUUCAAAAUGCAUUCAGUAAACUAUGCAAAUGUUGGUUUGAUUAACGUUAGAAGUUUUUUAAAUGUAAAGUAGGGAAUGCUAAUUCCCUUGGGUCUUUCUCACAAAGCAGAAACUCCUGAUUUAAUCAAAGUUUUUAACAAGUUUGUAAGUGGCCACAAUGUUGUGGCAGACAUUACUGCCACAGAAGGAUGGAAAGAGCCUUCAUUUUGUGUUAUCUAGCAUUUCAAAGUUUCUCGAGCUUUAUUUCUUGAUGUAUUCGGAAUUACCAAAUAAUAAUUUUGAAUAAGCAUAGCAUUAGGUGCACAAUGUUGAGAAGAAACCCAAAAAAGGUGAUACGUAUUUAUAUGGGUCAAGUAUCGAAUGUUUGUCAGGGGGUACUGGAUAAGUGAACAACUUUGUGGAACUGGGGAAAAGAAAGGGAAUGAGAACCAACCAAUCAUAAUUAUGUCAGGAAGUUAACUAUUGUUUAAUAUCUCUCACAGGCAUUGCACUGUCUCUGGCUCGUGUUCUGUACCUGAAGGUAUAACUUGUUAAUUAGGAUGGUGGUGUACCUGCUGCAUAUUUCCAAUUCUAUGUUGUCAUUUUAGCAGUUGUUUUCUCAGUUGUGAUGUUUAGAUUUAUGUCUUGAAGUCUUGGGAAGUGGUUGCCCAAUGUUUCAAAUGUGGCGUAUUGAUGAGUAGCUCUUGCUUUACUAACCAGCAAUCAGAAAUUGUUGGUGUCUGCCACGGUUCUGAGAUGUGCCUUUGUUCUUUAUCUGAUUGCUUUGGAUUUGAGUUUGCAGUGCAUGAGGUCAACUGCAAAAUAAUCCAAAAUGCUCAGAUUCUUUAAGUUGAUAAGGAGCAGGAACCUCGUCAGUUGGUGAGGAGAGAAUUUGAGCAAAGAGGAACCAUUUUGCUUCAUUUCUUUUUGGUCAUCAAAGUGGAUCUCAAGUCUUUUGAGAUUUAGGUAGGGUGAGGUAGGCAAUGCACAAGCUACGAAAGAUGGAUUGUGUGGUCUUGUUCCAGUUUCAUGUCUUUGCCUUGUGAAUUAUACCUGGACAUUUUUUUAUUUGAUGUGUUUUUCUGUGUUAUACUAUUUUACUGAAAUAUUGAGCACCUCUUAGGCAGUGUUAGAAUGUUGUAAGCAUUACUUGAAUGACUUAGAUUGGCUGAAUGUUUGGGCUUAGAUUAUUCUGCCCCUCAAGUUCAAAGGUAAAUAUGAUUAUCUUAUAUUUUUGGUAUCUUUUUGAGAGGGGGCAUACUACCCAACGCAGAUGUGUGAUUCGGACAAUAAUGAAAGCUCAUACUGUAGAUGCUGGGAAUCUAAAAUGAAAUGCUGGAGAAACAUGGCAGCUUUGUCAGCAUUUGUGAAGAUAGAAUUAAUUUCUGUAGCGAGCGUAUUUGCCGAUUUUCACUCUAAACAUGUAGUACAGGUUGUUCUGAUAUAAUGCAUGCUUCGUUAACACGAAUUCUCUGUAACAUGAUUGACAAAUUGGGAACACUACUUCUAAAGUGUGAACUUUUAAAAUGUGCGUUGGUUGUAACACGAUUACAUCACCAACACUUUAAGCGCUGUUUCUAAAGCGUGAUUUUUCUAUAACAUGAGAUUUCACACGAACGCAACUAUCACGUUGUAGAAGAACUACCUAUAGUUGUUCGAGCAAUUUGCAGGUAGAAGUACUUGAGAGACCUGAAUUCUGCAACUGUGUCCCAUUUCUUAUCUUUUACCUAAUCCAUCCCUUAUUUCCGAGCAUAUGUCAGAUUAAGUUGAGCUGAGCAGCUUCUGAAGAGAUACAUACAUCUGCAACAAGGGAAAAUAGUCCGGAUACUUCCAUGCUGAUGGUGAAAGCAUGGAGAUACUGGGAACCAAUUUACAACAGAUUAUACACCUUGGGGCAGUGGUAUUGUCCCCACCUGUGAGCUAGGGAAUUAGGGUUCAAGGCCACGCUGCUCCCAGGGAUAUCUCAUCAUAUCCGACCGGGUUAAUUCAAAUAUUAACUACACAAAUUGUUUGGUUGACAAAGUGCUAUUAAUCUCUGUAAAUGUAGUUGUAAAUCAACUACUCCAAAUGCCUUUCUCCCUUGGAGCAGGCUCUUUACCUUGUGUGGAAAGGAGAACAGUCAUUGUAAUACAACAUAGUACAGGUCUGUAUGAGUUCAGGCAUCCACAGGUAUAUUUUCCAGCCAAUCUUCUUUCCCUGAAUGCAAAUUGCACUAAAUUCAUGUGCACUAUUUUAACACAGGGUUCAACUUUUUACAGCACUUUUUUAUUUUAAAGUGCAUGUAGAAAAUUCCUGUUUUUAAUUGUUUGUAAAAGAGGAGUAUUCUGCAGAUUAAUAUACUACCUGUUUUUCAAGUUAGCUCAGUGGAGGUUGUACAUACCCCAUAUAGACAUUUAGGUUUUUGGAUGAUUAUGCAAAGUUUCCAUUUUUUCCAGAAUUACUGCUGAUUUGCUGCAACCACUUGGAGCACAUCCUACAAAGCUUUUGGACUGGUGUUCAAAUUUUAACCACUAAGUUAGCAAUUUAACUUACACAUGUGUUAAUUCGGUGUACAUUCAAAGCUAAAACUUUUCUGUUAAUUUUUAAAGUAUUUUGUAUUUUUUCUCAUAUAUUUAGUCCAUUUCUUUUAAGUCCAGUCCAGAUUGAAAUGUCUUCUGAAUGGUAAUUGGGAUUGUUAAUUACUCUACACGUAUUGGUCUGUGGACACUAGGUCUUGAUAUCUCAAAAAUCUAUUUUAUGGACAUACUGUAGCAGUUAUACCAUCAGAGGAGCAAAGCUUUUUAGCACUGCUCAACUGGGAUUAAAAAAUAUAUAAAUUGAGCUAAAAUCAUAUUUUACUUUCUUGGGAGGUUGGGGAAGAGAGCUUUGGCAAGUUGGUAUGGAUCAAAAUUAUCCUGCCCACAUGUUGAAAGUUUACAAUGGCCAACUUACGUCUGCCACGACAGUGUAAUAUUUCAGCUCACAUUUCCUGAAGUUUGACUUGAGAGGAAAAUCCAGGUAAAAUUUUGUUGCACUUGAUAAUCUACUAUUUGGUUAUUUUAAAAUAAAAAAAAUUGGGUAUUAAUUAGUGACUUAUAUUGCUCCAGGUAUUGUUCUAGAAUAUUGGUGCAACUGGAGGUAUUGUUUGGCACAUUGUUUUGUAUGUCUAUAAUUGGAGUUAUAUUAAUCACAUUCAAUGGGUUUGUUCUGGGAGAAAAUCUUCUGUGAAUACUUCCCACAGGGAUGGUUCAGACUUUAGCCUGCAGCAAAUAGGAAGCCUGAGUUACUUGAGAUAUUUUGGCCUUAAUCCUUAUGAUAUGUCACUGAAGGAAAAGUUUUUGAGUACAAUGGAGGAGGAUGAUGAGCAAUGAUAGCUCAAAGAACAAGUCAUUUUUGUUCAUCAGGCACACCUGAAAUGGCUCUGGUACAAAUCGGAAUAAUCCCGCAUUUUUUUAAAAUGCCAGUGUAAUCAGUGUUUUUAAAAGUAACAAUAUAAAAAUAAUUUUCACAACAAAUGUCAACUUCUUGGCAUUUGUGCAGUGCUAAUUGAAAGUGUGGAGCUUUGCAUCUCCUUGUGUACUACAGCACUGAUACAUCAGCAGAAAGCUUAUUCAAAAAAAAGCUCAAGAAACCAGGCUGUGUAUGCUAUAGUUGUCCUCCACACUUGACUGCUGGAUAAUUUGUUGAUCAUGUUAACCUAAAGCAGAUUAUGACUGAAAACAAACUAAUAACUCUUAUUCAUGAACGAAGCAUCGACAUGUUUUGACGAGAAUGUCAAGAAACAAUAGAGAAGCUGAAAUGAAGAACAAAAUGCACAAACGCAACAAUUUUAACUUAAGUUUAAUGUUUUGUUUUCAAGUUGAAUGUUUUUCGCAAGUGUUGAUAUAAUGCAUGUAUACAAUCAGUGGAACAUUUGAUUACAGUGGUUGAAAGUGAUUUUAAUGCCUCAUGUGCAUUUUGUAAUUCUACACUAGCACUCUUUCUGAAGUAGACCAUAAGGAUAGCGGUCGUGGAAAGCACAGCCAGUUUUACACCAAUAUGGCCUCAUCUGUUGGGUUCAUAUGACCACUUCUGAGCUGCUGUAAAAAUGAGUGGCCCUGGAAAGAGUUCCCUUGUGGCUGACCAGAUUUACUUUCCCAGUGCACUUUUGGCAGUAUAACAAGUUUGCUAACUGUAUGUUUCUCAAAAAUGCCAGGCAGAAAGGGAUAGUUACACUAUAGUUGUCCUCCACACUUGACUGCUGGAUAAUUUGUUGAUCAUGUUAACCUCCAGCAGAUUAUGACCGAAAACACACAGGUAACUCUUUAUUCAUGAACCAAGCAUUGACAUGUUCUGACUAGAAUGUCCAGAAACAGUAGAGAAGCUGAAACGAAGAACAAAAUGCAUAAACUCAACAACUUUAACUCAAGUUUAAUGUUUUUUUUCCAAGUUGAAUGUGGUCUUCUAUGCUGUACUGCCAAGGUUUGGUCUGUGUUUGCCUUACAUGUAUGUGAAUGGUUGGUAGUAAUUAACUUUAAUUUGUUUUUUAGUUGAAAGAGAACUCCAUUUUAUGAAAUAGAGGUUUGAAAUGGUGACUGUUCAGUAUGCCUGAUCUUGGAGUUAACAUGCAGUGUGAUUAUUUUAGAUUAAAUCAAUGUUGAAAAUAUGUACAAAAUUUUAAAAAAUUUGGGACAAUACAAUAGUAGGUGUUUAUAUACCUUUUAUACUGUCAUUGUCAAAUCUUUAACUGAAUUAAUGUUACUAGCUCUCAAUCUGCAGAAGUGCCUAGUAUGUUCCUUCAAGGCCAGUACAAGAAAUGUAAAUGUUAAUAUUGAAGGAUUAAAUUACAAGUCUAUGAGACAAAGCAUUUACUCAAAGGGUGAUCAGCAGUAGAGAUGAACUGAGUCAAAUGAUAAGUUCAACUGGUUCAUCUGGUUCGGGGCUGGAUGAUUCACACCACAAGAUGUUCCUGUGUGGUGUCAGUGCAGUUGUGAAUGUGUAUGGGUUGUACAAGCAACAGAAUAUUGAACUAAGUAAAUGCUUUUGUUUUGAACUGACAUCUUGUGGUUUUAGAGUACCAGGUCCAGACAUUGCAUUUUUCUAACAUCCCAUUUUAUUAAAUAUGGGAGUUAUGGGGUAUGUAAAACAAACCAGAAAUGCAAUUACAGUAAAUAUUUGUGGCAGCCUUCUUGCAUCAGGAUCAGUUAAAAUACAAUCAUUUAUUUAUAAUGUUUGCAGCUCUAUGAAGCUGAAGUGUAUCAUAUUUGUCUUGGAUUUAAUCGUAUAAUAACCAUUUUCAAAAAAAAAUUAAAUUCUAACUACUGAUUCUCAUUUUAUGUAUGAAUAAACAUUGAUCUGUCUGUUCUAACUGAAGCUCAGUGGUUGUAGAGCCCAGGAGAGGUUUUAACUUAACACUAAUUGCUUUUUGGAGUCCAGUGGGAAGUAUGCACAAGGUUCUGGAGCUGGUUGGCAAUCUGUAUAUCUGCCGGGUUUGUAUAUAAAAGGCACAAUGCAAAAAUUUUAAAGUAUGUAAUUUUGAAUAUCUUCAAGGGCUUAAUGAAAUUCAAAGGUGUUUUGCCAUCUUCGUGUCUCUUGUGUACUUAAAUAAUCUGUAUAAUAACACUGCUUGUUACUUUUGGCUGAAAAAUGAGCAAUAAAUACAAAUUCAUGUACAA